UCCAACAUGGCGGCCCCCCAAGAUGACAUGUUUUCUCUCUGCGUGGAGCCCGGCAAAGUUAGCAGUGCAGUAGAAGUCCGAUUCAUUGACAAUAUAAAGGGAAAGGGAUUAUUUGCAAAGAGAGCCAUCCGCAAAGGAGACACUAUAUUGAUUGAGCGACCACUCAUCUCCUCUCAGUUCCUGUGGAAUGCGUUAUAUAAAUAUAAAGCUUGUGAGUACUGCCUGCGAUCCUUGGAGACUGCCGAAGAGAAUGCACGAAGACUCAGUGGGGUCCCUGGGCUUAGCCUGCCCCACCCUGAGCUGUGCAGGGUGAGGUCAGAGCUGCACCAAGCAUGCCCGCAGUGCCAGGUGAAGUACUGCAGUGCAGAGUGUAGAAAAGCUGCUCAGGAACAGUACCACAGGAUCCUGUGUCUUGGGUCCUCCCAGGAAGAUCCUGAUCAUCCCAUCAACAAACUGCAGGAUGCAUGGAGGAGUGUCCACUAUCCCCCUGAAACCUCCAGCAUCAUGCUGAUGGCAAAGAUGGUGGCUGUGGUCAAACAGGCUCAGGAGAAAGGCCGCUGGCAAAGGCUCUUUUCUCAGUUCUGUAGUCGUUCUGCUAACGAGGAAGAAGAGAUCGCUCACAAACUCCUUGGAGAAGAAUUUCAGGGACAGCUUACUCUUCUCCGAAGCCUGUUCAAGACGGCACUUUACGAUGACCACCUUAACCAGUGGUUUACCCCAGAGGGCUUUCGCUCUCUCUUCUCCCUCGUUGGGACCAAUGGACAGGGAAUUGGAACCAGCUCGCUGAGUCAGUGGGUCCACGCCUGUGAUGCACUUGAGCUUCCUGGCCACCAGAGGGAGCAGCUAGACACCUUUAUUGACCAGUUAUACAAGGACAUCGAAAAAGAGACGGGCGACUUCCUGAACUGCGAGGGCUCUGGGCUCUUCCUGCUUCAGAGCUCAUGCAACCACAGCUGCAUCCCCAACGCUGAAGUCACUUUCCCCGACAACAACUUCCUGCUUCACCUCAAUGCCUUGAGUGACAUCAGCGCAGGAGAGGAAGUCUGCAUCAGCUACCUGGACUGCUGCCAGAGGGACCGUAGCCGCCACAGCCGCCACAAGAUCCUGAGGGAGAACUACUUGUUCGUCUGCUCGUGUGCCAAGUGCGUGUCGCAGAUGGACGAGGCGGACGUGACCUCGGACGAGGAGGACGAGGGAGAGGCCGAGGGUGAGACAGAGGACGAGAUGACGGACGUGUGACCUGUUAGGACCUCUCACCCCACCCACACCCAACCCACCCCACCCCAACCCCAUCCCUAGUGCAGACCCUUCACAUGGGCCACAGCAGAAAGGAGGAGGAGGAAGAGGAAGAAGAGGAAGGCAAUGACAUAGAAGAAGAGAAAACGACCAGCUCACAUUAUUAGAAGCCAAAAAAAAAAAAAAACAAGUGACAAUUUCAAUGUCACAUUGGCAGAUAUGUGUGUGUGUGACGAGUUCAAAAACUGCCAGUUUGCACCUUCAAAGUGAUUAUGUUUGCUAUGACUACAUGUUACACACACAAAUUCCCCGGCUGAGGCCUACUGUGCUCUCUAGCACAUGAAGGUGAACUUUGACCUCCCCCUUUCUCUCUCACUACUCGCCAGUGGUGUGCAGUGACUCUCAACGCUACAGAUAGACACAAGUAUGCACUCAGAAGCACCAUUCUGCUCUCUCUAAGUAUAAGCUGGUAUAAAACACAUCUAUGCAUCUGGAGUCAAGUGGGUAUGCACUCCCCCCCCCCCCCCCCCCCCCCCCCCCAACACACACACACCACACACCACACCACACCACACCACAAACACAUAUACGAUAUACACACCCUCCCACUGUCCACUGCGGAGUAUUUUUAGUAAUCUAUACAUAUUUGUAUGGCUCUAAUUUCGACCAUCUUAGGCAUCAUCUUGAGGGUGAACGCAGGUCUGAGAAUGGCAUCUGUGGUGUUCAUCAUGCUUUUGUCUGUUACCCUCCCAGCCUUCUCAUGUUCAGCUACAGGUCCCGACAGUGUCCUUACUGACACGAGCGAGCGUAUUUUUUUUACAGCACUCUGCCAGGGUACCUGCAUAAGUCAACCUCAACAGCGUAGGGAAGGAGUUUGCUAGUCUGAGGUGGGCUUGACCGUGUUACACAAGCACUACCCGGCAGGGAUGAUCCUCGGCAGUCUCACACUUAACCGUUGUGCUCGCUGGCAAGCAAAAGGGGGGAAAUAGUCUGUUCUUCUGCGCUUGCUGCCGCAAGCACUCAGUUUGGAGAUGAGAGAGGAGCUGCCUGUGGGUGUGGAUGGAUGCUGAUCUCUUUGGGUUUCUCUGUCGAUGUCCUGCAUUAAAAAAUGUCUUUUUCCUGGCA